AUGCUCAAAACGCAUGAGAAUUGGGAAACACCCGUUCUCCCUUUCCAGCCCACAUCUCGCGAUGAAAUGCCGUUUGAAGAGAAACCUGCCAAACCAGAUCAAUUACCGUAUAUGUUUGAGGGAGACAUCCUUUUGACGGAAAACCAACUGGAAACCAUCCUCCGCAACACUGAGGAUCAACUAUGGAACAAUGGUGGAAAGUCUAGACAACGCCGUUCGUUAACAUCAUAUCUCUACGCUCGAUGGUCAACACUCCCCAUACCGUAUUAUAUCAACACGCAAUCUGGAGUAAAUGAGGCAGCUGUCCUGGCUGGAAUUGCACGUUGGGAGGCCGACACAUGCCUCACUUUCACGCGACAGUACAGUUUACCCAGAGGAAAUGGUUUGGAGUUCUUCCUUGGGAGCGGGUAG